AUGGGCUGGCUCGACCAAAUCCCCAAAGCACCCAGCCUCUACAUCGGCGGCCUGCACGCUCUUUACCAAAAACCCGACCUCUUCGCCCAAGCCGGCAUCACCCACAUCGUCUCCGCUCUGGACUUCGACAUCUACGAAGCAGGCGCCUUCCAGCAGUACGAACACCUGCACAUUCGUCUCGACGACGAUCCCAAUGAGAACUUGCUAGCGCACUUCUCUGAAGCAUGUAAAUUCAUCGAGCAGGCGUUGGAGGGUGGAGGGGCGGUGUUUGUGCAUUGCGCGAUGGGCAAGUCAAGGAGUGCGACGAUCUGUUGUGCGUAUUUGAUGCAGAAGUUUGGGGGCACGCCGGAUCAGGCGUUGAUGUGGGUUUGUGAGGGGAGGCCGGUUUGUGAUCCGAAUCCAGGCUUCAAGUCACAACUGUUGGUGUGGCGGAAAAUGCUGGAGGCGAAGGGUGAUGGGGAGGCGGAUGAGAUUUACCAGACUUGGUUGAAGGAGCGGUGGACUGGGGACUGGUGGAGUUGGGAUAAACGGCAUAGAGAGACUAAAUUGUGA